AUGAAUUCACUUAUUUUUUUUACUCUGGUUUUCGCAAGUUUGACGAGUUGUGCUUUAAUUCCCAACAACAGAGUUAUUGUCAAUGAUGAUCCAGACGAUUAUACUUUAGUAGAGGGUGUUCUUUAUAAUAUUGUUCAUUUGAAGUCCCGUAUGCAUUUACAUGGUGACGGCGAAUAUGUAUGUGUCAAAAAUACAACUUCGUUCUGGUCAAUUCGAAAAGCUAUCGGUAGUUUAUAUAACAUCAUACAUUUGAGUUCUGGGAGAAAUUUAGACAGUGAUUACAACAAAGUUUUUACCAGCGUUCCAGAUUAUGGUAACGUACUUCAGUAUUGGGUAUUUUCAAAGCCUAAGACUGACACUUAUAAUAUUAUUGUUAUGCAUCCGAUUACUAAAUAUCGAAAUUUAGACAGCAAUGGCAAAUCGGUAAAUGUCAACGAGUACGAUUACUAUGACCGUUUUCAACAAUGGUCAUUUGAACCUGAAAAUUAUAAUUUGACCGCUUUAGUAACAGAAUUUUCAUACCCUCCAGAUUUAAAAGACAAUUUGAGUCAAAUUGAAAAAAGAUUAAAUAGUUAUGUUGUGGAGAUUAGGAAAACAGAAUUCUUAGGCGAGAAAGUUAGCAAUAAAGUUAGUUCAUCUUUUCAUAUGAGUGCGUUUAUAUUCGGGUUAUUAAGAAUAAAUACAGGUAUUGAUUUUAGUCAUGGGAUAGAGAGACAAUUUGUUUCAAAAGAUGAGAAGAUAUAUAGGGAAACCAUAUCAGAAGAAGUUACAUAUAAGAUUCAAGAACAAGUCAUAGUACCGCCUUUGACUUCAAUAGAAUUUGGGGCUACAAUAGAUCAGAUUACUAUUGACAUUCCAUUCAAUGCAACCAUUCGAUUUACUGGAAAAGCGGAUCGGCUGGACGAGUAUGGAAAUGUUGUUACAAUGGCUGAUGUUGAUAUUGAUGCGCUUAAAUGUUAUCUUCAAAAGGAAAGUUACAAUAUUAUAAAUGUGAAGACAGAAGGCAAUUCCAUUAUAAUCAGUACGAAUGGUAUUCUGAAAGUAGAUGGAUAUGGAUUGGUUUCAACAAUUGAAACAAAGUCUAUUUUUCAUGAUACUUCUCCAGGUUCUGACGAUAUUCUUACUCAAUUUAAACCUUCACUUUAUUUUGCGGUUGCUUUUCUUAUUUUUAAAUUGGGUUUGGCGAGAUGUGCUUUAAUUCCCAACAACAGAGUUAUUGUCAAUAAUGAUGAUCCAGACGAUUAUACUUUAGUAGAGGGUGUUCUUUAUAAUAUUGUUCAUUUGAAGUCCCGUAUGCAUUUACAUGGUGAAGGCGGUGAUGUUAACGUAAAAAAUUUAAAUUCGUACUGGUCAAUUCGGAAAGCUUAUGACAGUUUAUAUAACAUCGUACAUUUGGAUUCUGGCAGAAAUUUAGACAGUAAUUCCUACAAAGUUUAUACCGGUACUCCCGAAAAUGCUAACCAAUUUCAGCAUUGGGAAUUUACAAAGCUUAAGAAUGAUACAUAUAACAUUAAGCAUCUGAUUUCUCAAUCUCGAAAUUUAGAUAGCAACGGUAAUUUGGUAUAUAUUGGAAACGAGUAUAAUCACUACAACCCAUUUCAAACAUGGUCAUUUGUACCUGAAAAUUAUAAUUUGACCGCUUUAGUAACAAAAUUUACAUACCCCCCAAGGCUAGAAGAUCAACUGAGUAAAAUUGAAAAAAGAUUAAAUAGUUAUGUUGUGGAGAUUAGGAAAGCAGAAUUCUUAGGCGAGGAAGUUAGCAAUAAAGUUAGUUCAUCUUUUCAUAUGAGUGCGUUUAUAUUCGGGUUAUUAGGAAUAAAUACAGGUAUUGAUUAUAGUCAUGGGGUUGAGAGACAAUUUGUUUCAAAAGAUGAGAAGGUAUAUAGGGAAACCAUAUCAGAAGAAGUUACAUAUAAGAUUCAAGAACAAGUCAUAGUACCGCCUUUGACUUCAAUAGAAUUUGGGGCUACAAUAGAUCAGAUUACUAUUGACAUUCCAUUCAAUGCAACCAUUCGAUUUACUGGAAAAGCGGAUCGGCUGGACGAGUAUGGAAAUGUUGUUACAAUGGCUGAUGUUGAUAUUGAUGCGCUUAAAUGUUAUCUUCAAAAGGAAAGUUACAAUAUUAUAAAUGUGAAGACAGAAGGCAAUUCCAUUAUAAUCAGUACGAAUGGUACUUUGAAAGUAGAUGGAUAUGGAUUGGCUUCAACAAUUGAAACAAGGCCUAUUUUUCGUGAUGUUCCUCCGGAUUCUAACGAUCCCCUUACGUUUCUUCCGGACUUUGGCCAUAUUCUUAAGGAAUUAAUACCAUUAACACCUUUUCUUUUAUUUAUGGGUGCUUUUUAUAGUUUUAAUUUCGUUAGAAAUUUUUUUGUAAACCAAAAUUAUGUUGAAAUUUGA